AUGUUGUUGUCUGAGCUACCAUCUGAUAUGUUUAAAGGUCUCAAACAACUAGAAAAACUGGAUUUGGAAAAGAAUAAAAUUACUGUAUUACGUAGAAAUACCUUUAGUGCAGUACCUGAAUUAAAAACACUCAUUCUGUGUCACAAUAAGAUCAGUGAAAUAGAACCUGGAACCUUUACCGGCUUGAGUCUCUAUAAGCUCGAUUUAAAAUUCAACAAGUUGGGUAAUCUAUCAGAUGGACUUUUUCGUCAUCUCAGGGCCCUGGAGGUUCUGGAUCUUGCAAAAAACGGUUUGGUAACUGUACCGUACAAUACUUUUGACGGGUGUGGUGGACUCCGGAGCCUGAAUUUGGCGCGCAACAGGAUACAGCAUAUUGAUCCUGGUGCUUUUGCCCGUUUAAAACUCGAACGACUCGAUUUAUCGCGUAAUGAGUUGACUGUUUUGGAACGUGAUGCCUUCAAUGAUCUCCAGAUUGAUAAUCUAUUGGAUCUUCGUUUCAACAAUAUCAGCAAAAUUAAACUGCGAGCAUGCAAAAACCUGAAAGCUUGGCAGAUCUCACUUUGUCACAAUAAUAUGACUAAAGUUGGCAGAAAUAGGGGGCGUAGGAAUAAAUCACUCAAGAAAAUCAUCAUUAAGUGUUCGAAACUACAGAAUAAGCAUGCACGGUUUGACGGCAUAUGCAGCAUGUCGAAAAAUCAGACCAAUUCACCCACGUUGAACAGCGGGAACGAGAGGAAGGAUGGAUAA